AUGGAGAGCAACAAGGACGAGGCCCUCAAGUGCCUCGCGAUCGCGCAGAAGCACCGGAACGCUGGGAACUUCCCCUCCGCAAAGCGGUUCUGCCAGAAGUCGCUCACUCUCUUCUCCACCGCCGAGGCCGUGAAGUUGUUGCAGGUUAUUGAGGUUGAGGUUCAGGAGAGCGAGGGGUCUUCGUCAUCUGCGCAACCAGCCGGCUCUUCGUCGGCGGCAGAGGCGCAUCCGUCUGCUGCGGGCGCCCGACAGCGGCAUGGCGCCGAAUCGUCCAAGGCGGAGGGUAAGGCGAAGGCGAAUGGGGAUGCUGGUGCGGGCGGGGCACAGAAGAAGCGGGACUAUACCCCCGAGAACGUUGCGGUCGUGGAGCGCGUGCGCAAGUGCAAGGUCACGGAGUACUACGAGAUCCUCGCGCUCAAGCGCGACUGCGACGAGGCUGAAGUCAAGAAGGCGUACCGCAAGCUUGCUCUGGCGUUGCACCCAGACAAGAACGGGGCGCCGGGUGCUGAUGAGGCGUUCAAGAUGGUGUCGAAAGCGUUCCAGGUCCUGUCAGACCCACAAAAGCGAAGUGCCUUUGAUCAGCACGGCUCAGACCCCGAGUCACGCUUCAGCGGCAUGUCGUCCGGUUCUGGUCGGGGCUCACCAGCGUUCUCCCGGGGCUCCUUCGGUGGAGGUGGUGGGUUCGAGGGCGAGAUGAGCCCCGAAGACUUGUUCAAUAUGUUCUUCGGUGGCGGCGGUAUGCCCAUGAACGGCGGCUCGUUCGGCGGCGGUCCGUUUGGCGUGUUCACGGCAACAUUUGGCCCUGGCGGUUUUCGCACAACACGCGCGCGCACCAACGCCCGGCGAGAGCAGCAGCCUGCCGCGGAGUCGCGGUCAAUAUGGGUGCAACUCCUUCCGUUGUUCCUGCUCUUUGCCUUCUCGCUCCUCAACGCGCUACCCAAUCUCUUCGCCUCAACACCGACCCCCGACCCCCGCUUCGCCUUCAACCCUUCACCACGAUACAACGUCGAGCGUACCACCGGCGGCAUGCACAUCAAAUACCACGUAAACGCUGCGGAGUUCUCGGGACACCCUCUGGCGGCAGAACUUGCGAGGAACGAGAACAAACCUGGGCCGCAACUACAGAAAUUCGAAAGCAAUGUCGAGCGGGCGUACACGCAAGAUUUGUUCGCCCAGUGUCAACGAGGGCUUGACCACAAACAACGGAGGAAAGACCAAGAGGUGGGGUUGUUUGGGAUCGGGACGGACUGGGCGAAGGUACGGAAGAUCGACGAGGAGCCGAUAGACAGCUGUAACAAGCUGAAGAGCUUGGGUUUGUUGAAUUGA